AUGUCGGUUAGUAGAUGUCUUAACAUGUCAGAAUUUGCUGAUCUGAAGGCCAAAGUGAGAAGAAAUUAGAAAUGAUGACAGAGACGCAAUCUGAUAAGAGACGGAUAGAGAGAGAGAGAGAGAAACAGAUGCGUAACUGUGAGUGUGAAACCAGAAACAACUACAGUCUGCGACGAGCUACAGGGUAAAAGAGAACAUGCAUUGCUCUUUUUUUAUCCUCACAUUGGUUUGUUUCUCUCAUAAUUUGGUGAAUUUUAUAACUUGGGGUGAACAGUACGGUCUGGAGUGUCUCAGUGAUUAUUUAUCCAGUAUCACCUGCUCUCUGAACAUCUCGGCUGAGUCUCUGGGCAAUGAAUCGUCCUACUGGCUUAAUUUCAGCUCUUUUGACGAAUACUUUGACUGCACACUGAAGAUGGGAGAACAGUCGUUACUGUGCGAGUUGGAUUUAUCACCGCAUGUGACUUUCACCGAUGUGGACAGCUACAGGAUCUCCCUCCAUUCCGGUUACCAUGGCAACAACUUCUCCUUCGUUCUAGAUGAUGACUUCAUGCCUAGUAAACACAUUCGUCCAUUCCCUCCGUCUGACCUGUCGAUGCACUGGGAGAAAGACAGGGCUCUUUUCCAGUGGCAGAGCGGAUAUGAUGCCUACAGAAUCCUUGUAUCUCACUUACAGUACCAGCUCAGCAUUUACAGUCAACACAAGCUGUAUGAGGUAGAAGCUGCUGACCAGAAGGUGUAUGUGGAGGAGUCUAGAUUUGAGCCUCAAACAAAUUACACAGUGCGUGUGAGAUCGCAGCCAGAUCAAGAAGAUUACGAAGGCAUUUGGAGUCCGUGGUCCCCUGCGUUACACUGGAGAUCUGGGGACCUCAACAGAACGUCCACUGAUCAGUUCCCCCAAAAAACUCCAGGAGGAUCUUUCCACUUUGCCUGGUAUCUACUGCUAUUGCCGUUGCCACUGGUCCUUCUGUCCUGUAUCCCAUAUUCUAGAUGGAGGAAGAAUGAUUAUAUACCAUCACCAGCCCCUUAUUUCAGAGACUGGGAUGUAGAUGUUCAGAUCCGCUCAGUGCUGUCAGGUAAGAUGAGAGAUAUAAUGAAGGGGGAGGAGUCUCUCCAGAUUGACAUUCUGACAGAGAGCACAGACACGCCCCUUCAACCCACCAGUUUAGACUAUGAGAAUUUGGGAGAGCUCGACGAGCAUGAGUCUCCCAGCAUGCCGCAGUCUCCUGUGGGUUCAGAGGUCGACUCAGGCUGUUGGAUUCGCGAUUUUGUUACAACCGAGAGAGGAAGCAUCACAUGCAGUGAGGACUACUGCACACUUUCCAGUUCACACACUUAUGCAGUCUAACAUGUGCAUGCAAGCUACUGUUCAAAAGUUUGGGGUCAAUAAGAUUUUUUUUAGAAAAUUUCUUUAUGCACCAAGGACACUAACAUUAAAUUAAUCAGAAAUUACAUUGCAGGCAUUAAUGUUAAAAUAUUUAAAAGAAACUACCUAUUCAACAAAGUCUGAAAGAAAUAUGAAGCAGAACAACUGUUUUCAGCUUUGAUAAAAGUAAGAAAUGUUUCUUGGGCAGCAAAUCAUCAUAUUAGAAUGAUUUCUGAAGGAUCAUGUGACACUGAAGACUGGAGGAAUGAUGCUGAAAAUUCAGCUUUGAUUACAGAAAUAAAUUAUAUUUAAAAAAGGUUUUUAAUUUCUAAUAUCUCACAUUAAAUGAAGCCUCAAAAUCAUUUAAAAUCUUACCAACCCCUUUUUGAGUGGUAGUGUACAUGUGGCACAAGUUUGGAAACUAGACUAAAUUUAAACAGUAAUGAAUGUAUUUAAAAAAAUUACGUAUUAGGUAAUGUGCUUAUAUACUACAUGUGCUUUUGCUCUUUGCACAAAAGCAUAAAUAUCAAUGUAUUCACACAUGCUUACCUGUUUUUAUUUUAAUAAACAAAUCCUGCUAAAUAGCUGAAUCAUAGCAGUUUAUUUAACACAAAUUACAUA